AGUUUGGUCUCUUCUCAAAGUGAAAGGAAAGGGUGUAGAGGCGGCUGUCUGGUGACAGGUGCAGUCAGGUGGCAGCUGUGUGUGGUAGUGUGAGAGACUGCCAUCAUCGUGCCCUGUCUGCCUUGAAGUUCUCAUUAUCUCUUUUGUAACAAGAUUACAGUUUGAGACCACAUCUGACCUAACAGGAUACCUGGAAUAUAUGGAGUAAGCAUGACUCCGCUCAUGUUGUACAUAUUGAAGCAAACUAACAUCAUAUCCAUCAAUUCAGAACGGUCUUGGCUGUGAUUUUUGCAUUGCAGUCAUGGCACCAAAGAAGAAGAAUGUGAAGAAAAACAAGUCAGACAUCAAUGAGAUGACAAUCAUUGUAGAAGAUAGCCCCCUCAGCAAACUCAACGGGAUCAGUGGCUUGAUUGACGGAGGAAAUGGAUUUAGUUACAUUUCCACAGAGGUCUGUGACUCCUCAUAUGGCUCCAACCUCAUGGAAGGGUUGAGCAGAAUGAGACAAGAUAGCUUCCUGUGUGACCUCACCAUCGGUACCAAAACAAAAUCAUUCAUGGCUCACAAGGUUGUGAUGGCAUCUUGCAGUGAGUACUUCUAUAACAUCCUGAAGAAAGAUCCCACCACUCAACGGGUUGAUCUCAAUGAUUCAUCUCCUUUAGGUCUAGCUACUGUAAUAACCUAUGCCUAUACUGGUAAGAUCACUCUCUCUUUGUACACAAUUGGCAGUACAUUAUCUUCAGCCAUCUACUUACAGAUUGAAACCCUUGUUAACAUGUGCUGUGACUUUUUAAUGCAAGAAAUCAAUGUUGAAAACUGCAUGUAUGUAGCUAAUAUUGCAGAAACCUAUGGACUUAAAAGCACGAAAGAAUCUGCACAAAAGUUCAUCAGGGACAACUUCAUUGAGUUCUCUGAAACUGAUCAGUUCCUAAAGCUAACUUUUGAUCAAAUAAAUGAACUCCUUAUAGAUGACGACUUACAGUUACCUUCUGAAAUUGUUGCUUUCCAGAUUGCAAUGAAAUGGUUAGACUAUGAUGAAAAGAGAAUAAAGUAUGCCUCCGGCCUCUUGAGCAAUAUUAGAUUUGGCACUAUCUCAGCACCAGAUCUGGUCAACUAUGUCCAGUCCGUGCCCAGAAUGAUGCAGGAUACAGAUUGUCAUAGGCUUCUUGUUGAAGCCAUGAAUUAUCACUUGCUCCCAUAUAAUCAGAACACCUUGCAAUCAAGAAGAACAAAAAUCCGUGGAGGCACAAGGGUCCUUGUAACUGUAGGGGGCCGACCUGCAUUGACAGAAAAAUCUCUCAGCAGAGAGAUCUUGUACAGGGAUCCUGACAGUGGAUGGAAAAGAUUAGCUGAGCUGCCAGCUAAGAGUUUUAAUCAAUGUGUCACAGUGAUGGAUGGCUUUCUUUACAUUGCGGGUGGUGAAGACCAGAAUGAUGCCAGGAACCAAGCAAAACAUGCAGUCAGUAAUUUCUGCAGGUACGACCCUCGUUUCAACAUAUGGAUUCACCUUGCAAACAUGAACCAGAAACGUACCCACUUUAGCCUGAAUGUUUUCAGUGGCCUCCUUUAUGCAGUUGGUGGUCGCAAUUCUGAAGGGUGCCUAGCAUCAGUUGAGUGUUAUGUGCCUUCAACUAACCAGUGGCAAAUGAAAGCACCACUGGAGGUUGCAAGGUGCUGCCAUUCCAGCUCAGUUAUUGAUGGUAAGAUCCUGGUCAUAGGCGGAUACAUAAAUAAUGCAUACUCUCGUUCUGCAUGCAUAUAUGACCCAUCUAGUGAUAGCUGGCAAGAUAGAGCGAGUCUCAGCACACCCAGAGGAUGGCAUUGUUCUAUUACACUUGGUGAUCGAGUGUACGUCAUGGGUGGUAGUCAACUCGGUGGUCGUGGUGAGAGGGUCGAUGUCCUCCCAGUUGAAUGCUUUAACCCUCACACUGGUCAAUGGAGCUACGUUGCUCCUCUUCAAAGUGGAGUGAGCACAGCAGGUGCUUCAACACUUAAUGGCAAAAUUUACCUAGUAGGUGGCUGGAAUGAAGUAGAAAAGAAAUACAAGAAGUGCAUUCAGAGCUACAACCCUGAUCUUAAUGAAUGGACUGAGGAAGAUGAAUUACCUGAGGCAACUGUAGGAGUAUCUUGCUGUUCGAUCACCAUGCCCACUUUUAAAACACGGGAUUCCAGAGCAAGCUCAGUGUCCUCAGUGCCAGUCAGUAUAUAAAUGCUUAAGAUUGAUAAAAUGCAAACAAAAUAAAAGCAAAGCACCACAACUAUAACACAAUCACUUCUCAAACAUAAGGCCAAUAUUACAAAAAGAAAAUUGAUGUAACUGUUGUAAAAAAUUUUAAUUUAAGAAUUGUCUUAGCCCAUCCAUUUUUUAUUACUCAGCAGUGUCAAGGAGAAAAUGAUACCUUGUUUGUAUGUACUAGUGGCAGGAAUUAUGUGUACCAUCAAUGAAUGUAUCAAUUACAGCAUUAUAUAUUGCUUUGGAAAUUAUAGGUUUGUUUUAAGAAAUAAGAAUAUGACAUAGAAUAAAUUAAAGACAGACCUAUAUUUCAUGGAAAUGAAAACUGUCAGUAGAGGCAACAUUUUAAUAAGGUUAUGUAAGUUCUUUAUGGUGCAUGAAAAGUGAUUAUUCUUUCUGUACAAUAGUAAUGAUAGCUAUUUAUUUGAAAUGUAUGCUGUGAAUGUUAUAUGGAUGAACUUACUUGUUAAAACAUAUUUUAAUUUACAAAGUAUUCAUUUAUAAUGGUUUGUGGCUUGGAUAACAUUUGUUGGAUGUACAAUACUGUUUAAAGCUGCAUUAUCACAUAAGGAAAACAUUUCCUACAUUGGUCUCUACUCCUAGCCAGAGUCCCGGAGGUUGCGCCAUAUAGACAUUUGCAGAGAGUACUCAAAACAAAUAACAAUGCUGUAUUUUUAGUUAGAAAAUUCCAGCUUAAUAACAUUGUAAAUAUAAACACCCUUAACUUUUUUUAUUUGAUUUAUUACUAGGGCAAACCAAUUAGAAAUCUAGUUUAAAUACCAUUUGAAAAAAAUCUAACAGGAGUGGUAUGUCAUUUCACAGUUGACUAGUAAAUCCAUAUUUGUCACGUUGGUGGUUCUCCAUUGGAUUUUAUAGCUUGUGUUUAGGAACCGUUUCUUUCAUUUAAAAGCUUUUAGAUCUGUUAAAAGCAGUUCCUAUGUGCAUCGUUGGAUAAUAUCCAUGUAAUGAAAUUGAUGAUUGCAACCUGAAUGGCUCCAAAAACAGUUCACUAUGUACACUUUAGGCUCAAUGGUAAACACAGUUGUAUUGGGUAGAACUACCUUCUUCACGUCAAUGACCAAUGAUUUGCAAAGCAAUAUAAUGUUUGGAAUUCAAAAAGGCAACCAUAAUGCAGACAUUAGUGCACAGUGCUGCUAGGCUGUACUGCAAUUCACAAGCAUAUACAGGUGAAAUGUUCACUUGGCACUGAAAUAAAUAACACACACAACCUUGUAUGAUUAUAAAAUUGACAGUGGAAUUAUAUGCAAAUGUGAUAUACAAUUGGACAGAUGUACCAACAUCCACAAACAAAUACUGAGAUGUAAAUGUAAUAGCCUGUGAGUUGGAGCACUUUCAAGUUUACAUUGAUUUAGUGGCUAGUUUUAAAGCAGCAACAAUUUAAAAGAAAAACCAGGUUGAUUUUUCAUUUUAGAUUAUUGCCGCUUUAAAUACAGUGGCUAAACUGGGUGUUUUCAACUAGCAGGCUGUUACAUGAACUCCUAACUGUUUUUUAUUGCAUCAUGUUUAAACCACAUAAAAGUAAAAUCUUACUGAUAAAAACAA